CUGUGGCCUUUUUCUUUGGGGGUGAGAUAAGGCAAAACGAGCGCAUUUGCAGCAGGCAGUGUCACCGGAUCGAAGAUUUUACGCAAUGUGACGCAGACUCUCUCCGGGGCUGCAUAAAUACGAGCGGCAGGGCGCUGACAGGAACAGACUGGACAUUUGAAAGCUACGGAAGAAUAGAGGUUUGAUUCGCUGGUGUUUGAGAAAAAGACAGAAAGGUGUUUAGAAUGCAAGCCGUGCGUCAGUGCUCAGCAUGCGGCAUCCGGGCUACGGGGGGACUUUUGGGCUCGCAAAGAGACGCUUCCAGCAGGAGAGGAGCAGCGUGCAGUCGCCUGCUCAGCAGUUCUGCUCGUGUCCUGUUCAGCACCAGAAAGACGGCAAACAGGAAGUUGCUGCAAGGGCAAGUGUGUGCACACACAAGCGCUGCGCCUUCAAGCUUGAGCCACCUUUGUUCUGCACCGUCUGUGCAGCAAGCGGAGCACCUGACUCACGACGCCCUGAUCAGAAGGGCGACGUCGCUGGUCACCGACGGCACCGGCACGCUCCUGUCGCAGAGCACCUUCGCUCUGGUCGACGCGCUCGACGCCUACGCUAAGGCUGUGCACACACGCAUUGCCCUGCAAAGACGUUAUCUGACCUCGUUGGGAAAACUGAGCCCCGCCGAGGAGGACUCGCUUCAGCAGGCCAUAUAUGGACAGAAAACAGAGGUCAGCGAGCAUCUGGACGAAUGCAAACGCUUCGAGACCACCUGGAUCAAGGCCGUCAACUUGUGCCAAAUGGCGGCGGAGGCGGCGUAUGCGGCCGGAUCGGAGCAGGCGUCCGCCACGUUGACGGCCAGCGUCCGGCUGGCGCGGUCGCACGCCGACCGGGCCCGGACCGCGGUGGGGGCGGCGGACAAGAAGCUGGCCGAGACCAAAGUGGACGAGAUCCAAAGGAUGGCGGAGUACGCCGCCUCUUUGGAGGACGCAGACGAGCUGGAAAUACACGAAGCUUACUUGAGAGAGGACUGAUUGAGGACGACAGACACUUUGUUCAUUCCGGUAGCCAUAUUUGUUUCGUUGUAAGGCACCUUAGUGUUCAGCAACGAGAUUGAAGAGAUGCCUUCUUGUGACAUCUCGGUGUCAAGCAGCAAUGUUGAAGUGGGUUGAGGAGCUUCCCUAUUUGGAGCUAUUUAUUUGACUAAUUGAUGCUUUUAGAAGCAAAUUGACAGUUGGGUUGGUCAAAAAAACACUUCCUCUUUCUGCUCAUUGCGAUGAAAUCCUCGCUCUCCGUCCAUUUUCUCUGGCGUUCGCCCUCAUUAGGGUGGCGGGUGAGCGGCAGUCUGUCCCAGCUGACUUUGGCCGAGAGGCGGGGUACACCCUGCACCGGACGCCAGCCAAUCGCAGGGCACAUCAUCGGCAAACUACAUUCACACACACACACACACACACACCUACAGUCUGGACGAUUACCACGCGCGUUUUGGGAUUGUAGGGGGAAGUCGUUCUGCCAAUAUAUUUCAUAUUUAUUCUUAUUAUAAUGACUUUACUGCACAUUAUUAUUUGUCAUGUAAAAAUCACACUAAAAUGAAGGAAAAAAUAGUUUUUAAUAACGCAAUGUUGAUGUUUGGGACUGUUUGUUAGAGCAGAAGCCGUCUUUACCUUUGAUUCAUAUUUUCAUUUCAUCGAUGCAUCACGCGCACAACGCUCGGCUGGAAAGAAGAAAUAAAAAAAUCUCCACGGUUUCAACUUAA